UAUAUUUCUGAGGGGCUCACCGCGGCCACACUGGUGAAAACAUAAAAGUUGAAAAUUGCAUUUAAAAAAUCAUUAAAAGUAUGGAUAAGUCGUCAGAAAAUUGAUUGAAAAAAUUAGAUAUAUUACCCGUUCCAGACAGUGAACGCGUGUGGAAAUCGACAAAAAAAAAAUAAAUUUCAAACGAAAAGGUAACGUCGACGACAACGGAAUAACUAAGAGAAGCCAGCAGCAGCGGCAGCACGAAGCGAGCAGCAGAGCACGCAGAAUAAAGAAACAAGGAAACAUUUGCACAGCACAACCGAGCAACUGCAGCAGCAGCAGCAGCCAGGCCAGCAGGCAGGCAGGCAGGCAACGACAAGAAAAACCACUUCAACAAAAGAGGAUAACAUAUUGGAAGUGCUCGCACACAUACCCAUACCCAUACAGCUCAGCUCACAGCUACACACACACGCGAGUGGAAAGAGAGACGAAGCAUUGUACGUGCCCGGUUGAGGGUGGGAAAGUAAACCGACAUCUUUUUACGAGCAGAGAGUUUUGCAAUCAGAAGAAGACAGCAAGCAGCCCCAGAGAGUGUUCACGUUGAUCGGGCCAGCCCUUUGAUAACGCACAUACGGAAAGAAAAAGAGCGAGAGAGAGAGAGAGCUGCUAGCAGUGAGAUCGGAGACGGGACAGGUUGCUGCCCAAAGCCGAAAAUUAAAAACCAAAAACUCGAACGCACACAACGCAUUUGGAAAUCAAGCCAGGCGUGAGCGUUUGUGCGUGCGUAAUCGAAGCUCCAAAAACUGUGAGAAGACCGGACCCCCCCGACUUCGAUCCCCCGUGAACUGCAUUUGCCCAGCGUUGCCACAUCGCCAGUACGCGUGUGGGCGUAAAACCAGUGCUGGAUAGCACCAAGAAAGACACUAGGAACGGUACAAAUCCAAUUCAUGAGCAACUAAACCGAAAUUAAAGUGAAAUUCAAACGAAUUGAAUCGUUAUCCUCAUCGCAAAACAGAUUCCAAAUGAAAACGAUCGUGCUCAGUCCGGACGAUCUGCAGAACUUCAACAAGUUCAUCUAUGACCCGAAGUCAGCCGCCCAGCUGGCCGCCAGCGCGGGGGCGAUUGGAGCAGCGGCGGAAGCGGCAGCUGCCAUACACGGCCAGCAGCCAGGAGGAGCGAACACCACCACAGUGCAGCUAGUGGCCGGCGGUGGUGGCCUUGGCAAUCCCACAGUUGUUCCAGUCCCCACCAGCACAGCGCAGACCAGUGCCAAUAACCUGAUGGCUCUGCAUUACUAUCUGAAGCAUCCGGGAAUACAGCAGAUGCCGAGCGCAACCACGGUCCAGCAUCACCAACAUCAGCACCAGCAGCAGCUGUUGGCCCAGUCGCAGACACAGCUAAAGCAGCUGCAGUUGAAGCAGCCCACAAUCCACCAGCACCAGCAGCACAUCAGCUACCACCAUCCGUACUACCAGCAGACACAGCCCCAGCAGCAGCUCCAGCUGCAGCCACAGACACAGAUGAGCCACAGCAAUCCGUACGUGCCGCUGAAAAGUCAGCAACCGCCACAGACCCAUCUGCCCGUGCAUGCGCUGAACCAGAACUCCAACUUCUCAGCGGCCAGCUCCAGUACAGGAGGAACAGCUUCCAGUCAUGCGCCCACACAGCAGUCGAACGGCUCCAGUGUAUCACCCACCAUCAUCCAAAGGGUCACGGCAGUGGGCGGACCAAACAGCAGUAACAUUGCGGCCGCUCCCAACGCGCUCCUGCGAGCCCCGGCCGCCGGCAAUGCCAACACCUCGUCCUCGUCAUCGAGCUCCUCCUCCUCUUCCUCGUCGGCGUCGUCGAGCUCCUCGUCAGCCUCUUCUUCCAGCUCAACUAACUGCGCCAAGAAGCUGAAAACAGAGCCCGCCCUCUCGCAGUACAACCAGACGGAACGCCUCAACUUCGCCAACACGUACAUCGUGUGGAGCGAGGAGCACUGGCGACGGGUGGUCUUCCACGACGAGCGGCGCUUUAACCUGGAGGGCCCCGACGGUUUCUCCUACUACUUUCACGACUUGCGGAACUACGAGCGCACCCUGUCGCAGCGGCCGCGCGGCAACUCUGUCUACAUCUACCUGAUGAUCUGUGUGGGUGGGGCCCUCCAUCUGGAGGUGUCGUCAGCCAAACUGCGUCCUGAGUCAUGCAUCGAGGCCGUUAUGCGCGAGCGACCGAAUAUCAUCAGCAAACUAGGUGGUAGCACAGAGUUUGUGCUGCAGGACCACAACUGGAUGUCGCAUGCACUGCCCACGGCCCAGGACCUGCUCAAUACCAAGGGUCUCAAAACCCAGAAGUGGCCGUCCAUUGCGCACGACCUCAACAUUAUGGAGAACAUCUGGGGCUGGCUCAUCCGAGAGGUGUUCGACGGCGGCCGGAAGUUCUCGCGCAAGGACGACUUGAUAUUCCGCAUCAAGGAGGCGUGGUCCCGACUGCCGCUCGAUCUGAUCACCAACCUGUACAGCACCCUGCCGGAGCGCAUCACGGAACUGUAUUACACACAAGGCGACUACACGAAUUGUUGACAACCGACAGAAGAGCAACGUGGACGUGGAUGUGGAUGUGGUGGUAUGUUGUCUCCCAGCUCAGGGCACUCCCUUCGGCUCAGCUCCGCCUGGAAGUGGGAGUGGGAGUGCAGACGGAUUCGAUUCUAGGACUUCGUCCGUCUAAGGGGAACUUUCACGACGUGAUCCUGCUGCCGAUGCCAACACGCCUGGCAUCCAUCCCGCUGGGUCAACCAGUGGGAUGGGGCGCGAGCGGCGUUCCUCUGCCGGAUACAAAAAUCAAUACAGAAGAAGGAAAUCUUUAUACAAUUCAACUUAACUUUUUGUGUAUAGCUUUAAGAUGUGUACAACAGAGCAGACCAGACCGUACCGGACGGACAUACGGGAGCGGGACAGAGAGACGCCUGGUUUAAGGUUAUACAGUUUUUUUUAGUUAUUUAAAACAAAAACAAAGAAAAAAAUGGAAAAACAUGCAAGAAAAACAAUCGCGCGAGAGGUUUGGGCACGCCAUGUGUGUGUGGUGACACUGGCAGACACCCGAAAAGUGUUGCCAUAUCGCUUUGUAAUUAGUGUUUUUAUUCCUUCCUUCACCCGUAUCCACCACAUACACACACACACACUCCCGCACCCCCCGCAUAAUGUGUACCCAAUCCCAUCCCCACACUCCCCUCCCCACCACUCCCAACGCCCUAUUAAAUAUACGUAUUUAGAUUAUACAUAUACAUAAUAAUUAGUUGCAAAACAAAUUUAUUUGAACUUAACUCCUUUUGUUGAUUGUUUUUAGUUAUGCAAGCGAGAAAUGUAGCAGUAGAGAAGAGACGAGAAGAGAAAGACGCAUGAAGAGCGCAGAGGAAACUUAUGAAAAGCGAGAAGAGCAAGCAAGAUGAAAUGAAUAAAUAAACUUGUAACUAAAGUAUUAUUGUAAGGCAUAGUUUUUGUUGUAGCAAAAUACGGAAAAGAACUCACGAAAAUGUAUACAGACAGACAAAACACACACACACACUCACAUAAAUAAACACACGCAAGAAUCCUAUCAUGUAAAAUGUUUACGAACAGAAAUUAUAAAUAAACUAAUUAUCAAUGUAAUUAAUACAUAUUAAACAAAAAAAUAACAAAACGAAACAAAGCAAAGCAAAAGCAACUUAGUGUUAAUUUAAGAUCAAAAAUAACUAACUGAAGAGUAUAGAAAACUAGAAAUCAUGCUGAAUUCAACCCCAAACGAAACCGAACCCAAACCCAAACCCAGCCCACAUCCCCCUUCCCUACCCCCACCGUCAGACAGAAAAGAACCCAUAAAACUCGAACAAAACUUCCUAGUGAUGGGUGGCAAAAGCACUUCAUUUGCCACCGCUAAAUUGCAGCUACUGGCGAGCUCCGUUCUUGGUGUAUCUGUGAGAGAAGGCAAAUGGAUAGUACGCUCCCCAUGAAAACCCAUAUUUAGCAAUACAAUGAAUGAACUGAACAAAAUGAAUCUAUGAAAGUAUCCUUGAAAUAAACACACAUAUAUAUGUAUGCAUAUAUGUAUAUGAACCGUAUAAAAACA